AUGAUUAACGGUCGGGCUUUACAUUUCGUUUUUAAAGUAGCUGACAGGACUCUUACAGCUAAAUUCUACAGGGAAAUACUUGGAAUGAAGGUUUUACGUCAUGAGGAGUUUAGUGAAGGCUGUGAAGCAGCCUGUAAUGGGCCUUAUGCUAACCGUUGGAGCAAAACCAUGAUUGGUUAUGGGCCAGAAGAUACACAUUUUGUUGUAGAAUUAACUUACAACUAUGGAAUUACAUAUUACGAACAAGGAAAUGAUUUUCUUGGAUUAACAAUCCAGUCGAGUGAGAGCUUAAAGAGGGCCCAAGCAGCAAAUUGGCCUAUUAAGGAACAUAAUGGAUUGAAAUAUGUUGAAGCCCCUGGUGGUUACAAAUUCUAUAUUAUUGACAAACCUCAGCCUGUAGAUAAAGAUCCAGUUGUCAAAGUGUCUUUGGCCAGUUCAAAUCUGACGAGAUCCAUUGCUUACUGGAAUGGACUAUUAUCAUUGAAGGUGUUUGAAAAAAAUAAUAAAUCAGUUCUUCUUGGAUUCAGUGAGGACCAAGCGAAGCUCGAAUUAGUAGACAUUGGUGAGCCAGUCAACCAUGCGAAGGCGUACGGCCGCAUCGCUUUCUCUUGCCCCUUCGACCAACAGCCCAUAAUAGACCAAAAGAUUCAAGAAGCUAAAGAAAAGAUCCUAACACCCCUCAUAUCACUGGACACCCCCGGUAAAGCUACAGUCAGGGUUAUCAUUCUAGCGGACCCAGAUGAUCAUGAGAUUUGUUUCGUUGACGACGAAAGUUUUCGUCAACUGUCUCAAGUAGAUCCGGCCAGUGAUGCCGAUUUGGACAAGUACAUAAAAUCUGAUAAGUCCCGU